AGACCACUCUUCUCUCUGCCAUUGCUUUCUUGGAAGAAGAUCCAACAUAAGUGUGCGCGAAGAUGUCUGAUGACAUGGAUUUUAAACUCCACGUUCUUGAAGACAUAACGGACAACUUUUCGGAGAAGUACAGAGUUGGUAGUGGUGGGUAUGGAGAUGUUUACAGGGGGUUGUACAAUGGCAAAGAGAUUGCAGUGAAGAAGCUUCAUCAGUUGCAAGGGCUUGAUGAUAAGGAAUUUGACAAUGAAUUCCGUAACCUUCGCAAGGUCCACCAUGAGAAUGUGGUAAAGCUGGUUGGCUACUGUUACGAAUUAAAGAAAAAAUAUGUUGAACACAAAGGGAGCACAAUUUUAGCCACAGUUAUGGAGCGUAUUCUCUGCUUCGAAUAUAUGCAUGGUGGAACUAUUGAUAACUACAUAAAAGAUGACUCUUGUGAUCUUGAUUGGCCCACAUGUUACCAAAUUAUCAAAGGAACAUGUGAGGGCAUAAAUCAUCUUCAUACUGCCUACGAGAAACCUAUUUUGCAUAUGGACUUAAAACCUGCUAAUAUUUUGCUGGACAAGAAUAAGAAGGCCAAAAUUGCAGAUCUUGGUUUGUCUAAACUCGUUGCUUCAACAAAAACCUAUAAAACAGAGAUUCUCAAAGGGACACACGGCUACAUGCCACCAGAAUAUGUGGAUAGUGGUUUUGUAUCAAAAAAGUUUGAUGUCUUCAGUCUUGGAGUUAUAAUUAUAAAACUAUUGGAUGGAAAUUUGGGUCGCACCCGUUCUUCUCAAAUGAGCACCGAACAGUAUAUUCAGCAUGUUUGUGAAAACUGGAAGAAAAGGCUGCAGGAAAUGCCCAGGCAUCCAUAUAAGGAAGUAGGAAGCCUACAAGUGAAGAAAUGUGUCCAAAUAGCCUUAAGAUGUGUGGAAGAUGACAGGAACAAAAGGCCUUCUUUAAAGGAUGUUGUUGAUGAGCUGGAACAAUUAGAAGCAGAAAUUAAGAAAUUAUUACUACCAUCUGUUGAGUCGAACGAUCUGAUUGUCCAGAGAAGCUGUGACUCCAACGUUCUUGCAGUAGAUCCAACCAUGGAGCUGCGCUUCCUAUUCGAGCCAAGGAAGGACGUAUCAUGCUGCCUGCAGCUAACCAACAUGACUGAUGGAUUCCUUGCAUUUAAUAUAAAGAUCGACAAAACAAAGUACACGACACAGCCCAGCAAAGGAAUGAUACCACCAUGCUCCAAGCGCUAUGUCUCUGUGACAUUGCUAGCACAGGACGAUGCACUUCCGAGUAAGCAGUGCAAUGACAUGUUCCUUGUGCAAAGUGCUAAUGUCGGCAAGGACCUGACAACCAAUGAGAUCAAUGAAGACUUCUUCAAAGAAGCAAUGAAGGGAAAGGUGGUGGAUGUGGUGAAAUUGCCGAUUGUUUAUGUGGCAUUGGACCAGAUUUCUUGCUCAUAGUUACCUAAGAGGAGCUGGAGAUCCUCCAAGUCCAACGUCUAUGAUCAUGGUGGCAGCAGACGGAAGAGUGCUGCAAUAGAAGCCAAAAUAAAAGUAGAAGUGAGAUCUUCAAUGCACAUCACUGAUGGCUACCUAUGUAUGGUGCUGUGCCUUGAGAACUGAUUAAUUCAUUUUGGUUUACAACAUUUCUUUUCGAUUUGUUUUCAAUAAGGCUUUCGUUUGUAGCUGCUACUCCUGUUGUUUGUGAAAUUUACGUGAGACGGUUGAACAUUUUAUAGCUUUUAUCAUUUAAUCCA